CACAGCUGUUGGUUCCGUUUUGCGGUCUUUUGUUGCUUAUGUUGCUUAUCCGCCUUGUAGUUUAUUGGAAUAUUGCAGUUUAAUAUUAAAGAUAUUUUGAUAUAAAUUUUAUAUAAAGUUUUGAAAAGUGAAAGCAAGUAGAGAAACGCCAAUGAAUUCAUUAAAUUUGCGUGUGUCUUCGGUGAAGACUGGUCAAAAUGUGAAGAAGAAUGCAGAGAUGCGAGCUGCGCUUGUCACGUUGCCGAAGCUUUAUGAGAAUUCUGACGCAAGUUAUUGUGUUGAAUUAAAAGCGGCAAAUUCUAUACCAGAACAGGUGGCGGCAGUGAAAAAUAUAUUUAAGAAUCUUAGCCACGAUACACAAGCGUUGCAAUUUCUGGCAGACUUAUUUUUCCAUUGUCCGCUAAAGCAUCCCGUACGUAAUCAAAUACUCAAGCUUUUAAUUACAGCUGCACGGCUGGGUACUGGCGAUACGGAUGAAACAGCCAUUGUAAAUGCUUUGUCACACACAUUGCAACGACUAGUGGACGAAACUCGAGCAGAAACCGAGAGUAGCAUUUGGAAUUUUACCGUCACUUCUAUGACUGGCUGUUUCGAGAACUUUGAUUGUGGCCUUAAAGCAUUUCAGCAAAGCAUAGCCGAAGUGUUUCCUUUUCUUAGUACAGCAGUACAAAAAUAUCUUACGGAGUUGGGUGUGCUUAGUUCACCUUCUGUACGUAAUGAAUAUUAUCUAUAUGUACACAAUGCUAUACGUUUACUACUCAGUUGUGUACAAGAAUAUGGCGCUGAGGUCAAGGAAAUACACAGUGACAUACUUAAACAAUUAGCCGUGCUAUGUCAACAAAUCGUGCAUGACGACGAAAUACCAAUGGAUCCACGCACGAAUUCCGGCAUUUUAUUAGCGCUUAAUGCUAAACUGUGCGCUACCUAUGAAAGCUUUAUACAAGAAGUCAAAUUGACUAAGAAUCCCAAUGAGAUUGCACUUUGUGUUGGCAUCGUCAAUACGUUCGAUCAGCAUGAUUUUCAAAAUAUCUCAGCGGAUAUACGUGACAUUUGCAGCAAGAUUGAUGAAAUUGCGAACGCUAAUGCGACAGUGCCAAAUAUUUUACUUUGCGCCACACGUGCACUAUAUCAAAUAUCAAAAAUUAUACUAGUUUUUGAAUUAAAGCCCCAGGCAUCACCCACCGACGAUGCCAAGUUAAUAUUGCGUAAACUCUUAAUAUUCACAUUUGGUUAUUUAGAACAUCACAUGGAUAGCGUACGGCAUUUGUGUCGUGAUUUACUGCGUAACACUGUAGCAGCGGCGAAAAAAAUCAAAUUCGAUUUUCUCAUACAAAAAAUUUAUGAUGCCUGCAAUUCGGAGCGACUAUCGCUGUCCAUGAAAUGUAUUGUGCUACAACAAACUGUGGCAAUUAUGGGCGCCGAUGCCAUAAUACAUCAAUGUCCUGAAGUAUUUACAAAUAUUUUCGCCGAGCAGCUGGGUCGUGAUUUUAUGGUGAACAAUUUAUUUAAGUCACUUAUGUUUGCCAGCCAUAAGGAGGUGAAAUACGAAACAUGGGUUAAACUUUGGAUCGAAUAUCUGAUUGUGAUAGCCACUUCGGGCGACUCGCGUUUGGCUGACAUUGAAACGCUAAUUGUUGAAGCGGUUAUAUGUGAAUCGAAAAUUGUAAAGCACAUCGUUCAACAUCCAGACACACAAAUACCGAUCAGUACAAAAUUGUCAGCGCUUUGGGCAAUGCGCAAAACGGGUAUCAAAGUUGAGGAUUUCAACGAAUUAAUGGAGCAAUUUUCCAAUAUUCUCGUGCACAGUAUACUAUCCAAUUCGGAUGAGACACGUAUUAUGGCUCUGCGUUUAUUGGUGGAGACAAAUAAGACAACGGAGCUGCUUACACUGUUGGAAUGUGAAAAUCUGCUAACCUUUUUGGAGUACAAUUCGAAUUGUCAAAGUCCAGCGACACGUCAAAAAAUGCUAGCAUUGUUCGACAAAGCAUUAAUACGCUGUGAAGUAAAUCUAGUUAAAGUGCUUAAAGAUACUAAAACCAUCACAUCUAUUGAUGAUGAUGCGCCAUUGCAAUUGAAAUUUUUACGCGAUGUUAUACGAAAAUUAGUGGACAAUCUUUUUCCGGGCGCCAAUUUCAGUCGCCGUUCAGUGUCUCUACGGCUACUAGGAACGUGUUUAGCGAUUAGCAACAAUCGCCUUAUAUCACUUGAAGAGAUAUUACCAGCACAUACCGUUAAGGCGCUUACCGAUAUGCUUGACGACACAUACGAAGCCAAUAAGGAGUCAGCUGUAAAUAGUUUGACUUUCAUUGAAAAAAAUGUGCAUUGCAAUUUAAUACAGAAACAUCAAUUGAAUAUCACACUCACACAUAUCUGCACAAACUUGACAUCGGUCCGUCCAACCGAUUCGGUAACCGGCGCAUAUCAAUUGGAAUUUUAUUGUAAUCGCAAUGAACACAUCAGCAGUUUUGGCACUUACGAGCCAACACAAUAUAAACCCAUUUACUAUGCAGCGUUACGUUGGCUCUUGCAAGAAUUAAAAGCCGGUCUCAAGUUGGCCAAAGAGAGUCUGCUACAAGCGGCCAAAAUGAAUCCAUUAUAUGGCAUUUUAUUUGCCAUUAAACAUUUGUUAGUGCGUCUAGAUUUCAAUUUUUUGGCCAAAGAGAUACCAUGGCGUAUAAUUAUUGCCGAGUUGAUUGUGUUGUGCAAGGAGUUGACCACCACUGUGUCGCCCGUUGUGAAUAGUUCAUCGCCGGAAGGUCAUUUGCCGAAUGACUUCAGUCAAUUGCCAGCGGAAUAUGGCGAAGAGCUGACUGCCGACGGCGCCGAUACCAAUGAUGCAAAUAUUAAAAUACUCUCCGCUAAAUUGGCGAAAGUCGACUUGUCUAAUGUUAAGACAACACCACAAAUGGUGCUGUUAUGCGCUUGGCGCACCGUCAAGGAAGUCUCUUUGAUAUUGGGCGAAAUAGUGUUGCGCUCACCGAUACAGGUAAGCAAAUUGACCGAACGAUUCCUCAUCACCAAAGAGCAACUGCUCGAGAUCGGUGAGCAUUUCAAGCAAUUACUGGCCGAAACCAAACAUCGUGGCGCCUUCGAACAAGCUUAUGUGGGCUUCUCCAAACUUUGUAGUCGCCUUUGGCUUUUGGAGGUGGUAGAUUUGAAUUCACUACCCAUGCAAUGGUUACGCGAACUACUCACACUCAUCGCCAAGGAUGAACAAUUGAAUGAGAAGAUUUGCGCUACACGACGCAGCGCCGGCGUCCCGUUCAUGGUGCAGGCGCUCAUCACAACCGAAUUGCACGUGUGCACCACCAAAUCACUCUACUAUUGCAUGUCACAUUUACUGCAAUUAUGCGCCGCACGCGAACGCAGCGCCGAAUCGCGUACGCAUGCUAUGAAUAUAUUGCGUGCACUCUUCCGUUGCACCGAACUGAAUGAAGCGGUGGUGGAGUAUGUGGCCGAUGGUGUCAUGUGCGCUAUACGUGGCUACAGUGCCGAAACAUGGUCGGAAAAGAAUUCGGCUACAUUACUCUUUGCAGCGCUCAUUACACGCAUAUUCGGUGUGCAACGCACGCGUGAUUCGGACAAUUUGAAUGUGCGCAAUAAAAUGACCGGUCGCAUAUUCUUUUUGCGUUAUCCCAAAUUGUAUGAUUUCUUUUUGGCGCAAUUGCAAGAGGCCAGCGCUUUGGUGCAGCAACAGCAGAAAGCGCAUAAGCUACAUCCGCUAUUGUUGUUGUUGAGUCGUCUAUAUCCGUCCGCACUUGAGGGCACCGAGUCGAAUUUGAAGCUAACCGAGUUUAUACCAUAUAUAGCAAUUUGUGCCAGUUGCCCGGAAAUGCAGACGCGUUAUCUAGCUGCCAAAGCUGUUGUGGCGCUCGUCUCCAAGGAUGCUAUACCGGCCACGGUGCUGAGAAUAUGCGCUGAGAUAGUGUUAUCUGCUGACAGUCCCAAGACACUGAAUUUGAAUGUUUUACAUGGUCAACUGCUACAGAUUUACAUGUUACUGAAGGCACUCAAGCGUCCUGAUGCUGAGUUAGUCGGUGAUAUUGCGACCACUUUGGUGAUAGUACAGCAGCGGACUCAAAUUAAAAAUGCCGUUAUACUGAAAUUAAUUUUGGAUAUUUUCAUUGAGAUACUACAAAGCCAACAGAAUCUCAGCUAUAGUCAGGAAACAAUACAAAGUUUACUCUACUUCACCACACACAAAGAGCUUUACCAACCCGAACUGAGCUUCUACUAUCCGGUGCUACGUAAAUCUUUCUAUAUCUACAAUUUACAUACACUACGUUUGACACUGCCUUACGGUGCACUCUCCGAUUACCUUCUUUGCCCGCCGCUUACACAUGCCACCAUGCAAUUGGAGCAAGCGGAAGUUUGUCUCAAUGUGAUACUGUUAAUACUGCGUGCUGAGGAAAUGGAUUUGUCAGAAUUCGAAAUUUCACAUGAAGAACAGCGUUUCGUGCGUGCGCUACCGCCUGAAAUGCGCGAUAAUUUGGCAACAGAGUUGCGUCAGAGUAAAGCUUUACAUGCCACAUUGAAAGAACUGUUGCAAAAGCCGCUUUACUAUCCGGAGUGUGUGAUUAAGGCUUAUGCCAUACUGAGUUUAUUGGAUAACUUCGAUUUCACCUUAAGUCAAUUGUUGAAGGAGUCUAAAAAGCAUACGGGCGAUGUUAAAUCACCGCUAACUAUGUGUGUGGAGCGACUGGUGCUUAAACAGGGUGGCGUUGAUUCGAAAGUUUCACAAUCUUGUCUGGAGUAUUUAUUGGAAAUUUCACAAGCGUGGAAUCCCGAUUGUUUGAGAUUGAAGGCCGCACAAAUUUUAUCACACAUAGCUGUACAUUUUAAUAAAGCUUUGGAGAAGAAAAAAAUAUCUUUCGUACGUUUAUAUAUUGGUCUGACGUUGGCGCUGCUUAUGGAUGAUGAUUUCGAAAUACGUGAUUAUACAGCGAAAAUCGUUGUAAACAACAUCCCCGACGAUAUUGGAAUGAAAAGCGUUGUUGCGACCAUGGCGCAGCGUCUCUUCCUGCAAUCCAUUGCCGAUCAGUUGGAGGAAAUGCGUGCCGAUGAUAAUUACAUAAUAGAAAUUUUCAAGACCAUCAAUGAAACAGUCACACUGGGUAUUGGCGUCGACGAAGAUGGCAAUAGUUCAACAACCGGCAGCGGUAGCGGCAGCAAUAGCAGCUCCUCAACGGUGGGCGAUCUGGAAGUGUUCGAUAAACACGAGGCGAAUAUCUUUGCCGAGCCGCAAAAAGUGAUAUACGAUGCCGUUGUGGUAUUUAAAAACACCUUCGCAACACGACCGAAAGUUUUGAGUUAUGUGGGAGAGGCAAAAACACUUUAAAUUUCAUUUUUCCCUUUUUUCAUCUUUUUGAAGUUUUUGUUUUAUGAAAAUAGUUCAAAACGUGAUAGUGUGUAUGACGCUAAGUUAGCUAGGCUUGUAGUUAGUAGUUAUGCUAAAAGCACAAAAAACAUAUGUAUAUAUAUGUAUUUAAAUUUUUUUAUUUUUAUUUUGUAAGUGAGUAACAAAAGAACAUGCAACUCGGAUACAAAAAAAAUCGCUGCAGGUGUUUAAUAAAUUCGCAGUUGUCAAAUAUAUGUUAUAUUUAUAUGUUGAUGUUGUUUUUAUAGGUUUUCGAAAUUUCUCGAAUAUGUAUUUUUGCAUAACGUAAUAUUGAAUUCGUUUAUUUUGCGUUUAUUUGUGUUUUUUUUUGCUGCUCGCUUACAAGAGAACUCUGCUAAUAAUGCUAGUUUUCGUGAACACAAUUAUAGACUGCUUCUUGUAGAAAGUGCGCUUAGGUAGCACAAACUCUCUUAAGCACAUAAAUGCAACUAUUUGUUGCUAUCACAAUUUACUGUUGAAAUAAAAAAAAGGCGUUAAUUUUU